CUUUUACUGGAAAUCUAUUUCAUGCUAUCAAACACAUGUUCUUGUAGUCGCUCUGGGGGAGCAAUGGCGGCUGGUACCCCACAGAAGAGGAGCCGUAGUUCUACUGACACUGACAGUUUAUCCUUACUCUUUGAGACUCCUGUGAAAAAAAAGGUAGGAUUUUCUGAAGGUCUGUCUCCACUCAAGAAACCAAGAAAUAAUCUGUCUGCUUCUCAAAUUCAAUGGUCCUCUAGCUCCAGCGAUGAGAUGAAAGAAAACCAGACUGUCCCAGUGACACCAGGGCUCUCAAGGAGGCUGUAUAUUUCACCUCUUCAAGCAGCUAGUGUUCCCACAGCCCUGCAGAGUGAGUUCUCAAGGAAAUUAUCCCCAGAGACCGCUUCCUCGUGCAAGCUCUUCGUGCCUGUGGUGUCUUUUUAUGGCAAGGAAAAGUGCUACCUAACUUCUUAUGAGAGAAAAGAGCUGAAUGAGCACCGCUCUUUGGGUGAGAGGAACAGGGAUGAACAUCUCCCAGCUGCCAGCAGGACUGUGAACAUGAAUGCGCGCCUGAGCAGGAAUAAAAGCUUGAAGCCAACCAAGCACACGACAAAAUCCAAACAUGGCAAAACUGUCCCCAAAGCUCCUAAGAAGUCGAAGCAAGAGACAUCAGCAGAAAAAUCCAGUGUGGAGAAAGAGAACACGAAUUCUCUAGUUAAAAAGAAGAUGGAGUCACCCUUCAGAGUCCUAAGCAUGACAGUUAAACCAGCCCUGAAACUCCAGCUGGGAGCAGCAUUCUUCAAUGCUGGGAAGAAAUCACACUCUAAAAAGCCAGUUGUGGAUGCCAAGUCUCCCCCAGGUCUCCCCAAAUCUCUGCAAGAAAACAACCAGCCCAGACCACCACCAGCUAUAAAGUCCAGUUCCGCGGGUGGAAACAAAGUUGUUGAGGCAGGUGGUAUAUUGAGAAGUAUUUCUCUGCCUCAGAAGAAGGAAAAUGAAAACAGGAAGGACUCUAAAAACUGUGUAAAUCAAGGGAGAGAUGCAGCAUGUGAUGAAAAAGCAUCUCCAUUGAGAAGCAGAAGCACUUCUGGUCUGUCUUGUGCUUCCAGGUCUGCAGCUGAAGGGGUGAGCAAUACAGAGAAUGUGGAUGCCGAUGAAAUCAGUUCUACAGCCUGUGAGUCAGAUGAUGGCAUUAUUCUCUCAAGCCAGUCUCUGCAGAAGGUGAAUAAGCAAGCAUCUCCUUCAAAGGCUGUCGUCUACCCCAUAUUCAGCUCAUCCCCCACCAGCAAAAAAAGGACACAGGCUGCACUGGAUGAAGCGACUCCUCCAUUUGGAUCCAGCCCACCUGCAAAAACAUCUCACACCUCGCAGAAAAACAAGAAAGCGAAAGAACGCUGCAAGCGUUCCGGAGACCAGAUGAUCAUCGAUGCUGGUCAGAAACAUUUUGGGGCCAUAGUUUGCAAGUCGUGUGGCAUGAUCUACACUGCUGCUAGCCCGGAGGAUGAAGCCCAGCACAUCCAGCAUCAUGAGAGAUUCCUCGAGGGCCUUCGAUACCUGGGUUGGAAGAAAGAACGGGUUGUGGCAGAGUUCUGGGAUGGGAAAAUUGUAUUGAUUCUUCCCGAUGACCCAAAAUAUGCCGUCAAGAAGGCAGAAGAUGUGCGAGAGACUGUUGAUAACGAAUUGGGAUUUAAACAAGUUUCUUUGAGCUGCCCAGCCAAGACUAAAAUAUACUUGUUUGUGGCCAAUGAGAAGAUGGUUGUUGGGUGCUUAGUUGCUGAAUCCAUCAAGCAGGCUUUCCGGGUGCUGUGUGAGCCAGAAUCCGUGCCGGGAUCGCUGGGACAGGACACACUCCAAACUCAGCGGGCUUGGCGCUGCUCCACAGAACCAGAACCUGCCAUCUGCGGCGUGAGCAGGAUCUGGGUGUUCGGCCCCAGGCGUGGGAAGGGCAUCGCCCGGCGCAUGGUGGAUGUGAUGAGGAGCACAUUCAUGUACGGCUGCUGCCUGAGCAUUGAGGAAAUCGCUUUCUCCGACCCAACGCCGGAUGGCAAGCUGUUCGCCACGAAAUACUGCCGGACCCCCAACUUCCUCGUUUACAACUUCAUUUAUAACAACUGAUCUAACUUGGUGAUUUCAAGCUGGGGUUUGUUGAGAAUUUGUGUGGCUUAAAGUAACACUUGAAUGUUGGUACCUGGCCAAAUGCUGUUUUCCUGCUGAGCGCUAGUUCUUCCUCCGCUAUGAAGGAGAGAGGGUCACUUUGUGUACAGAGCUGUGUUAGAUUUUAGUGCAACCCUGCUUGGAUUUCAGGUGGGUUUGUUUCUUUUAAAACUAAAUUCUAUUACAAAUAACUUAAUUUUGUUAAAAGGUUUAAUUAAUAUAAAGAUUGCUCUUCUUUA